UUGGUGCUUUCAUCCCAAGGUCUUCAAUGGAGGACCAAAUAUCUCGAACAAAUGAAGAUUUGUGGUCGAAGGAACUCGCAGAAAUUCGUUCAAUGUUACAGCAGUUGAUUGCAACAAAUAAAUCUAGUCCAAUGGAAUUUCAACGAUUUUGUUGUGAGAAUCCAGAGCUAUGGAUUUCUCAGGCUGAACGCUACUUCGACUGCUAUGAAAUUGGAGAAAACCAUAAGUUGUCUUUCACCUCGUCCUAUCUUGACGGAGCAGCUAUGACGUGGUACCAAUGGCUUUUCCAGAACAAACAAUUGGUAGAUUGGGAACACUUUACUGCGAAAGUGUUGAUUCGCUUCCGUAAACGAAAUCUCAAAUCAAUGAAAGGCCGCUUGCCCAAUCACUGGCAGAACUAUGACGAGCAAUCUGAAUACCCAACCAAAACUGAUGCGCACAAGGUGUUCGACGAAAGGUUAACUAGUUGCUGCCCCACAAUAUUCGUUGAGACACAAUUAGACACUCCAAUUGAAAUGGCAAGUGAAGCAGGUACAUAUAUUGAAAGUAUCGCAGUUCAAUUAUUCAAUGAACAUCCCCAAAGAAAACUAUCGGAGAGGUGAAAUUUCUGCGGACGAAGUGGUACCCAAUGCGGAGUGUGGAAAAUGUUUUGAGGGAGAAGAACGUGAUGAAGGUGUUCUACUGGUGGUGAGUGUACCACAAAUUUCUUUUUCAAUGAAUUUAUAUAGCCCUUGCAAGGGAUGUUCCGCCAUAGUUGUGGACGAGUUCAACGAAAUCCUUAAGACAUCAACUUGUCGUAUUGCUAAUACUUUUAUUGAUCAAUGUCUUCUAACUCAAUUUCAAUGCAACCUUGGUGCGACUACCUUUGUUGUCCCUGUUCAGAGAAUGGCAUCAAAUUUCUGUGUAUGGGAUCCCGGAAUUAGUUUUGAGUUCCUGGGUCUAACAUGUUUUGAUAAGAGGCUUUUGAAAAAGUACUGGUCUUCUUUUAGUUGCAGGGCAACCUCAAAUCGUGGAAAAAGAUCAUUUUGGGCUCAUGUGGAAA